UUUCCUCUCUAGAAGCGAAUCGAUACAGAAAAAAAAAAACAUUCAUCGGUGAUGACGGAGUCGUUGAUCGCUCCGCCGCCGGCGAUGCCCGAUCCUAGCCCUAAUUUCUUGUCGGAAUCGGACGAUCCGCUUCUCAUGCCGCUAGAUCCCCUGUUCCUCUCGGCUGGUGAUCCGAUUUCAAUGGAAACCCUAGGCUCCGAUCUGGGUCUCAUCCUCGACGAGAAUGGUGAUUUUGAUUUCUCCAUUGAUCUCCCGGAGGACUUCUUCGACUUCCCCUCCGACACGGAACCCUCGUUGAUCCCCGACAUCCCCGGGAAUUUGUCUCCGGGCAUCGGAAAUUCCGAGAAUUUCGAUGAUCAGGGACCAAACGAAGUCGAAAAUAAUCAAAAUUGCUGUUCUCUGGAAACUAGGAGCGGUGGAAGAGAGCCAGAAGGUUGUUCUGUUUCCGAUCGUCCGUUGGGUGUUUAUUCACCGGCAUCGUCUCAUGGCUCCGGCGGUUUUGUGUCCGGUGCUUCUGGUACCCAUAACGCAUUAUCCCCGGAUUCGAUCGAUGUUGGGUUUGAUCAGAAGGUUGAAGAUGGGUUCGAUGGGAGAAGUUCCGUUCCCAAGAGGAAAAAGGAGAAAGGAGACAGCGAUAAUUCCAGGAGCUCCAAGUAUCAUAAAUCCGACGAGAAAACAUCUACCCCAAAUGAAGAAGACGAGAAGAGGAAAGCAAGACUGAUGAGGAACCGCGAAAGCGCGCAUCUUUCGAGAACGAGGAAGAAGCAAUACGUAGAAGAGCUUGAAGGAAAGGUGAAGCGCAUGCAUUCCACAAUAGCUGAAUUGAAUAAUAGGAUAUCAUACAUUGUAGCUGAGAAUGCGGCCUUGCGGCAGCAGGUUAGUGGUGGUGCUGCUGCUGCUGCUCAUGCAGCUUCUAUGUAUCCUCCCAUGGCGGCGGCGCCAAUGCCGUAUCCUUGGAUGCCAUAUCCGCCAUACCCAUGUCGUCCCUAUGGGUCUCAGGUUCCAUUGGUUCCUAUUCCGAAGUUGAAAACUCAACCCGUAUUGGGUUCUAAGGCCAAGAAGCCUGAGGGUAGAAAAGAUGCAGCUAAAAGCAAGACCAAGAAGGUCGCUAGUAUUAGUUUUGUUGGAAUCCUGUUCGUUAUUUUCUUGUUUGGUGCGUUGGUUCCGUUUGUGAAUGUGAACUACGGGCGAAAUGGUGGAAGCUCUGGCGGGUUGUCUAUUUAUGGUAGAGAUCGAUUUUAUGAUGAACAUAUGGGGAGGGUUUUGAUGGUCAAUGGCCGUUUUAAUGGCUCUGAUAUUAGCAGAGGAAGUAGAAUUUCCAAUGGAAACAGCCACUGCAGUAGCAGGAUUCAUAGUGACAGAGGUGGUUGUGGAGGAGCAGAUUACCAUUCUAAUAUGCAAGAACAAGGACAAGCAAAUGCACUGGGCAAUGCCAGUGAGCCUCUCUUUGCUUCUCUCUAUGUCCCGAGGAACGAUAAGCUUGUGAAGAUCGACGGAAACUUGAUAAUUCACUCGGUUUUGGCUAGUGAGAAAGCCAUGGCCUCCGAGAAGAAUGCUUCUUCUGAGACAAUAAGUAGAAGAGAAACUGAUUUGGCAAUUCCUCAUGAGCUUUCUUCUGCCUUAGCUCUCCCAGAGAUCAGAGGAAACUUGGCAGUGCUUCCCCAUCUAUAUAGGAACACUGAAGAACAUCGAAAGGCUCUUCCUUCUAGUGCGGCCGAUGGAAAAAAUCCUCACCAAUGGUUUCACGAGGGCAUUUCAGGGGCACUGAUGAACUACAGUAUGUGCACAGAAGUUUUCCAGUUUGAUAUUGCUCCCGGAGCGAUAAUCCCAUCGACAGCAUCAGUUUCCAAUGCCACUCAGUGCAAUAAAAAGAUGAACAGAAGAUUUCUCGAGGGAAUUCCUCUCCCUCUCACUGCAUCCGAGCUCAACAUCACAGCCAACAAAACUGGAAAAGAUUCUCGUAAUGAAAACAUCGAGGGAAACAGAAACAAACCCUCAUCCUCGAUGGUUGUUUCUGUGCUGCUCGAUCCAAGAGAGGUAGCUGAUUCAGAAACUGACAGAGUAAUGCCUCCAAAACCGUUUUCUCGGAUCUUCGUGGUGGUUCUUCUGGACAGCGUGAAGUAUGUAACUUACUCGUGCGUUCUUCCCCGUCCGGGUUUCCAUUUCGUGGCAACCUAAUGACAGAAGACGGGCGAGAACCAGAUUUGCAUCAAACUUACUUGAGUCUCAUGUUUAUGCUUUUGUCCGUUUGAUGUUUUUGGUACAGACUGAACCUUGCUUGCCUAACAUUAUCAGUUGGGACCCUUUCCAACUUCUACUGUAAUGUUCGUGUAAAAACUUAUUUAGGAUUAGUUUGUAUCUUUUCUUUUGA